AUGGGUUACCACCCCAAUUCACCUCCGUUUAUUCUUUGUUUAUAUCUAUCUAUUUUAAUCUCUGUUCAUAUCUAUUUUAGUCUUUGUUCGCUAUCUAUCUAUCUAUCUAUCUAUCUAUCUAUCUAUCUCAUUCUGUAUUCAUAUCUAUCUAUCUAUCUAUCUAUCUAUCUAUCUAUCUAUCUAUCUAUCUAUCUAUCUAUCCCAUUAUCUAUCUAUCUAUCUAUCUAUCUAUCUAUCUAUCUAUCUAUCUAUCUAUUGCAUUCUGUAUUCAUAUUUAUCUAUUUUAAUCUGUAUUCAUAUCUAUCUAUCUAUCUAUCUAUCUAUCUAUCUAUCUAUCAUCUAUCUCAUUCUGUAUUCAUAUCUAUCUAUCUAUCUAUCUAUCUAUCUAUCUAUCUAUCUAUCUAUCUAUCCCAUAUCUAUCCCAUUAUCUAUCUAUCUAUCUAUCUAUCUAUCUAUCUAUCUAUCUAUCUAUUGCAUUCUGUAUUCAUAUUUAUCUAUUUUAAUCUGUAUUCAUAUCUAUCUAUCUAUCUAUCUAUCUAUCUAUCUAUCUAUCUAUCUAUCUAUCUAUCUAUCUAUCGCAUUCUGUAUUCAUAUCUAUCUAUUUUAAUCUGUAUUCAUAUUCAUUCAUCUAUCUAUCUAUCUAUCUAUCUAUCUAUCUAUCUAUCUAUCUAUCUAUCUAUCUAUCUCUACACAUGCACAUCAUCUCGCUAUGGUGCAAUUAAAUCCCAGAAAAUAUCUGAUAAAAAAAAAAUCGAUUCGCACUUAGUUUUUCGACGCAAUAUUUCCUUUUUCCUUUUUCUUUCCUUUCGUUCUGAUAACCCCCAAUUAGACAAUCUAUCUAUCUUUCCCAGUAUGUUCAUAUCUAUCUAUCUAUCUAUCUAUCUAUCUAUCUAUCUAUCUAUCUAUCUAUCUAUCUGUUUUUCUGUCUCCCAGUUUCUAUCUAUCUAUCUAUCUAUCUAUCUAUCUAUCUAUCUAUCUAUCUAUCUCAAUUUGAACAGUAUGUAUGCAUCUAUCUAUCUCUAUCUGUCUCAGUCUGGACAGUAUAUAUCUAUCUGUAAAUUAAAUUUUUGUUUGAACAGUAUCUAUCUAUCUAUCUAUCUAUCUAUCUAUCUAUCUAUCUCCGUUUAA